CGACUGGGCUACUGUUUCCGCCACAUCACCUUUGAGUUCGUGUCAUUACGAGACACUGAGGCAGCACAAUGCGUUCUACAUUGUACACCAAUAGCAUUCGAGGUAACACAGCUGUUUGUCGAUGGUUCUUGUGUGGUGUUUGUCUUUGUUAGCUUUGUGGGUUGUAGUGGUCUCUCGUUCAAGCAGAAGAUGCCGCACUACAGCACUACUCCUGAUACGCUGUUAAACACGGCAUACAUUGCACUGGGAAAUUACGUGAGGCAGAUCAUGAAGCAGUUGAUCCAGACUCCUUCAGAACCAAGAGGUGAUGAUCACAGAUAUCACCACUACGAAGAACCAUGCAACAAACUGCAAAGACAUCUUGCACGAUUGCCAGCUUACAAUGGAAGACUAAUAUCAAAUUACUUACUAGGACGUCUGUGUAAAACUUACAGUGAGAUUAUGGCCAAUCCAGAAUUCAGAGACGCUUGCGAAGAAAUAACACCAUUUUUUGUUAAAUCUCUGUUACAUCCGUAUGUUAGAACGUUGGAUGGAGUCCGAUGCCCUGCACAUCCACAUCUACUCGAUAUUUAUAAGCCUGAGAGCUGUGAAUUAUUUUAUAAGAUAUUGCCAUUAUUUGAGGAGUCUUGGGACGUAAAAAUUGGUCCAGCAGACAGAACCGAAUGUGCUCUGUUGGAAUUGGGUGCCCUUAGAGAGUCGUUAGUGAAAUUUAUGUCACGUAGUUGCACGGACAGCGAUAUUGAGACGUUAGCCAAUGAAUGCAAGAAUAUAACGCAUUUGGAUAUUAGCUGUUCCACGGAGCUGUCUGAUAAUGCUAUUGAUCAUCUUUUGAAGUUCAACAGUCUGCGAGAACUGAAUUUGUUGGAAGUGAAUUCCAUAUCGCAAGAAGCAUUGCACCACCUGCUGGCUAGAUUCGCCGAGGUUGACAUAUCUGGAAGCACAUCCAAGAAACCGCGUCCCCCGUUGUAUAGGUCACAACAGUUGAUUCGUAUAGGCUGUUCCAACCCUUCGGCACAGACAAUCAGUUUAAUCUCGCAAUUCAGCAGCCUCUGUUUCAUAUACUUGUCGCACGUAGUAGACUGCGUCUUGACACCACUGGCAGAAAUCAAAAAGGUAUUGAUGUUUACUCUGUCGGACUCCAGGUUCGUUCUUGUAAAGGAUUUUCUGAUUGCAAAAGGGAAUGGACUAGUGUGUCUAAAUUUGAUCGAUGUCGUCGACACGGAUUUCAAUUUCAUUACAGAGAAUUGUUACAAAGUAAAGUGCAUACAUCUUUGCUUUAAAGAGAGGGAACACCUCAUUUUGCCAAGGAAAUGGAAUAGGCCUGGUACCUUAUGGGUUCCGGCAUCUCCACCGACUCAUUGGGCUAAUUUUCUUCAGAUAAAUAUAAGCGAUCUUCACGUCGUAGACUUCGUUUUAACUCGGUUUCCAAAACUGACGAGGUUGUUCUUAAGCGACGAGAUCGACGAGUUUUUUCUCGAGAGUCUUAUGCAACGUUUCCAUAAUAAUAGGCGUAUGGAGCAAUUGUUCUGGGGGAAAACCCUCGAGGUAGAAUUUAAAGAGAAAGUCGUUACUGUCAGAAGAUUUUGUUCGGGUAGGGAAUUCGGCUACCAACACAUCUAUCCGUAAGUAAUAAUUUGGCAGCCAAAUACAAGAAUAUCACUUUUAUCAUUUUCACUAACUCGUGUAUGUUUUGAUGUUCAAAUUCCAGGCAUGUAGUGAAAGAAUAUGCGAAUGUGUUUUAACACACAGCAGAUAGCAAAGCUAUUCACAGAACUUGAACUCUUUGUAAAUGAACUUCCUGGUGAGGUCGAUGAACGUAGUUGAUGCAUGUAUUUCAGUGUUUAACUAAAUUCUACUUUUAAGUCGCAUAUUCAUGAUGUUUAUUCUUAUUAAAUUUACAAAAAUAAUGUAACUUCUUAUGUGUUUCUCGUAUCUUGUAUUAUUCAAUAAAAGUUAAGGGUUGUAGUAAAUUAAAAA